AUGCUUUUCACGUCGGGAGACGAAAUGUCGAAGUACAUUUCUGGUGUGAUUAUGUUCCACGAGACGUUCUAUCAAAAAGCUGAUGAUGGUACACCAUUCGUCAAAAUUUUGCAGAGUAAAGGCAUUCUUCCUGGCAUUAAGGUUGACUUGGGUGUUGUUCCAAUGGCCGGAACUGUUGGCGAAGGAACCACACAGGGUUUGGAUGAUCUAAACAAACGAUGCGCCCAGUAUAAGAAGGAUGGUGCACAAUUUGCGAAAUGGCGUUGUGUUCACAAAAUUGGCCCAACCACUCCAAGUCAUAUGGCGUUGGUGGAAAUUGCUGAGGUAUUGGCUCGUUACGCAUCAAUUUGCCAGCAGCAUGGUUUGGUACCAAUUGUAGAGCCAGAAACUUUGCCGGAUGGCGAACACGAUUUGGACCGCUGCCAGAAAGUCACUGAAUUGGUCCUCUCAUACACCUACAAGGCACUGAUUGACCACCAUGUGUAUCUGGAGGGAACACUGCUCAAGCCAAAUAUGGUCACUCCAGGUAUGCAAUACAAAGGCAAAUGCUCACACGAAGAUAUUGCACGAGCAACAGUCACGGCCCUUCAGCGUACAGUCCCUGUGGCUGUACCGGGUGUUGUGUUCCUGUCUGGUGGUCAGUCUGAGGAAGAUGCAACUCUUAACCUGAAUGCCAUCAACCAAUAUGCUGGCAAAAAACCAUGGGCUCUAACGUUCAGCUAUGGUCGAGCACUGCAAGCAUCUGCACUGGCUGCAUGGGGCGGUAAACCGGAGAAUCUUCAGGCCGGAAAAGAGACAUUCUUGAAGCGUGCCCAGGCGAAUUCGCUUGCCCAGCUGGGCAAGUACACUGGUGGUGGUGCUGCUGCAGCAGCAGCAGCCCAGAAUCUGUACAUCGCAAAUCAUGCCUAUUAG